GCUCUUCCAAUGGCGGAUUGGAACCCGCGAUUUUCAACUUUUUGUUAAGGCGCGUCGCAGCAUAAAAAAAAGAGAGACCAACAAAAACCACAAUUCUUUUUUUUUUUUUUCCUUCGCUUCACCACUUCUCCUCACAUGCAUCCCAUGCACAUUCAACUGCGCGUUGCCUGCUGAUAGCUGCAGCAAUGGCAGAACCAUUGUCCGACAACAUUUAUCUGCCUCCAUUGGAGCCUUGUCUAAAGGGAGAGACCGUCAUAUUAUCGUGGAAGCUCGUAGCUUCGGCAUUGACAGACCCUUCCGGCCAUCGACAGGAUAGUCCUGCUCUCAUCGACUAUCUCACCGACCCUCUCGUCCAAUCUUUCUUCACUAAACCUGGCUCUGCCUUCGAUCCGCCGACUGAUAAGAGCCCUCACCGUGCCAACUUCGAAAAGAAGACUGCUGCUAUUCAAGUAACUCCCGCCCCGAAUGACAAGUAUGAUAUCGGCGUCAUUAAGGAAGAUGCUCUUUGGCUGAGCAAGAACGCUCGUAUAAAUGAGAUUGCUGCUCUUCGAGCUGUCGUUAUUGAAUUCCAGUCGCGAUCACGGAGUCAACUGUUAGGCCCCCUCUCCAACCAAGAUGUUGCGAACUUGCGGGAAGCUGCCGGUGCUGCGAAUACGCAAACCACCAAUAUACUUCCUGGUUUAAAUAUCACGAGCACCCUCGACGCUGCCGAAAUACAGGUGAAUUUCGAGAAGAAUGAGAACAGGAGGUUGCGCAUAUUCCAGACCUACCUUGACGAAAGCCGCUAUUAUGCUGCUACGAACGACUACAUAUUCACGUUGAUGCUACAGGAAACCUUGCCUGCUUCGCCAGUAAGCGAUGCGUCGAGGACGAUUCGGAAGUCAUACCUUGAAGCAUAUGGCAUGUCUCCCAAACAACCUCAAAAAUCACCAAAUGAUACUCCUACGAAAACCUUCCAUGCUCUCGCGACCCAAUACUUGAACUUACUCCCGGAUUCUAUCUCCCGCUCCCAGGCUCCCAUUGACUCAGUGGUAGAGGAUAAAAGUUUGUUGACUGAAGAGAACAAUGAGCGAUGGAUCCAGACGUGGCUUACCGAGGCGCUUCACCGAAUGGUCAUAGUAUACCAGCUACUUGACUUAUCAAGCGAUGUUUUCGUUUCUACUCAACUGGCCCAACAAUGGUUCUCCUUGGUCAACAUAUUCGGCUUUCUGGAACAGCUUCAAGGGUUCCCAGUAAGCGUAGCUGAUCUAGCGGCUCCAUUGCAAUGUCUUGUUUGCGUAAUCUCCUUGUCUGUUCUUAACCUGCCUAGAAUGAUGGCAUUUUUUGAAGGAGAAAUAGAUUUAAACACUGAUGACGAGUAUCUCGCAUCGUCUAGCGUCCUUGAACACAUUCAUGAUGCUCUCGAGAAUGCAAUUGACCAGGGUUCAACUUAUGCAGUGCCGGUUUUGUUCGCCUGGGUCCCUGUCGUCCAUGCUAUGUUCUCGUCGUACCAAGAACGUGCGGAGAGGCGGGAUGCAAUUCAGAAUGAGAAGGCUGUCGAAAACUAUGAUUCGGCUACCCAGAUGGUCCCAACUUCAGGCAGGAGAAACUCAGCAGGGAGUAUCACUACCAUUGACAAGCGGAGAUACGACGACUUCCUUAUAAACAAGAACUUGGACCGCGAUUUUAGACGGGUCCAGCUGCUUGCGGUAGUGGUUACGGAUAAGGCGCGUGUCUACGAUAUCAUCGCUGCGAUGUCGUCAUGUCUUGGAACGUCUGAUCGCGCCAUAUUCCCUGCUGCGAUAGGUUCACGUAUGAGAGUUGUCUUUUUAGACUUACUUAAAGUCACGUACCCUUUCGUGGGAUACAAAUCGGAGCCCGUCUACGCCCUACUAGCGGUACUAUCCGGUGGUCAAGGUUAUUGGGAUCUUUCACAACCUAAUAAUACACGGGCGGAACAAGAUGUCCUCAGCUUGGCUUUAAAUGAUGAGGCCAUUGUCGAAAGCUACUUUCACCAAGCGCUAAAUCGCUUUCCAUACGAGUUCAUCCCGUUUCUCACUUUGUGCCGAAGUCUAUACUGUUCACAACAUCUCACUGAAGAGAGCAACCAUGAGCUCAUCCUCCGAUUACUACAAAGAACACCCACCCUUACGUUUACUCUCCCAGACCAUUUCAACGACUAUCAACUUGCCUACGAAGAAGAUAACUCUAAUAGUUUUCAAUUUAUGGAGGAUUUUCCCCUUCUUUCCGCGUUGCCAAACUGGAAGCGAGCAACGGCAGAAGAGGAACCCUUCAUAAUACCAGCAGGCACUUAUGGAAGGUUUAUUGUAGACGAUGGGAGAAUCGUAAGAGUGGAAUACGAACACUCUGCCCUGGCACUACUUGGGAAGAGGUUAGAUGCUAAUCUUGUUGCAAACAAAUAUCAUAUGGAACUCGGAGAACUCAGCACAGAGGAAACGGCGGAAGCAAUCGCACUACUUGCAACGAUUAUACGCAUGGAGUGUAUUAGGACUGAAAACUCAGACCAGAACCCUGCUGAACUCUCGGAAAAUGCGUUGGCUAUCGUGGGCGAGGCUAGCCGAGCAUUAUCACGGACUAAGGAUAUCAUUUCAGUCGUAUGUGAUACACUGGACGUCCUUCUAGAUGGAGACCCAGAUGUUCAAGGAUUGACUGCUCUAGCGGCAUGCUUGCAAUUCCUCCAUGCCGUCCUGCCGAUAUGUCCAGGCAGAGUUUGGUCGUAUAUGUCUCGAUGUACUAUUCUCAGCAACCAGGGUCAAGGUGGUCGACUGGCCAAGUUAGUUGGGAAUCUGGAUUUAUCCGACGUUCGGUUCGAAGUCCUGAUGUCUGCCGUACGCCUCUUCUCCAGCCUCAUCGAUAGUGCGAUGAACAGCUCAGUGCGGCGGAAAACGAGCAUGAAGACCAACCCCCGGCAGAAACAGAGCUACGACAUCUGGCUGGGAGUGUCGGACAAAAUAGUUACACAGAUUUCUUCAUCUAUCGUACGGGCGGCGAUGGAUAUUCUGGAAAGCUCUUCUACGUGGAGGUUCUCGUCGGAUUUAGACCGCAUGAUCCUUGUACGUGAUGUAGUACCAGUCAUGGACAAAAUCAUCUUCUAUACAUUUAGCAUUGAUGAUAUAAACGCAAAAUCGUUUUUAUUGUCCGCCCUAGCGCCGGCUGCGAAAUACGUUAUUGACAGCUUUUUAGCACCGUCAGUUGGAAGUCUCCGUAUUCAGCCCCUUCUCGUGACGUUGGUGGCUGCAACGCAACCGUUCGGUUCUACUAUUUAUGCCAACAGGACCAAUGCUUUCCGGGCCCAGACCGAAGCUGUGCUUGGAUUAGCGAGAAGUUUAGUGAGAAUAGCAAACUACUCAGAGCAACCUUCGACAACUGUUGAGCACCGGCUAUUCAAAGCGACGCCCUUUGUUGCUCGUGUCUGUGCCUGCCACGAUGCCUUCAGGGGGCCAGCCAUUGAGUUAUUGGAAGCAUUGGUGAUCAGCGCCGGCAAAAGCACCGGAGAGCCCCCUUCUCUGCUCGGGUACCUUGGUCCGCAAACAUCCCGUUCAUUCCUUCAACUUUUGUCGACGUUGGAUAGACCGUUUAACCAGGCUGACGAAGUUAACUCGAUAUGGCGCUUUUUUUCUACCAUUGUCAGAAAUAGACAGCAGUGGAUGGCAAAUUGUCUCCUCACGGGUAAGACUCCUCGUGAUGCUAAAAAUAGUAAUAGUAAAGCAACGGAAACAUCAUCGAGUUCUGUCCUCGCUUCUGCCCUAGAGAGGCUCGCGUCGAUAUCUAAGAUUGAGGAGUCUGAGGCCCUCUCAAUCCUAGAUUUCAUCACAUCCGCCCAAAACUUUUGGCCAUGGACCAUUUUCACGCUACAGAAAAAUGCCAGCUUCUUGAGUGAACUCCGAAAUUUUGUUCGCAACCUUGCUUCGUCUACCAUAACAUCUAAAACGAAUGUGCUAAAAGCCUGCAACGAGGCUCGUAUCGCUGCAUACAUUGCCGAAAUAUUUGCCAUGCAACUGUUCCACCUGCGGCAGACCGGACAAGCGAAUGCAUUCGCCAAUGAGUUGACUCGUGAUCUGGACUAUUAUUUGCGAGACGGUGUGGCAGUCUCCGGCUACAAUAGGGGUCUCCAUGUCAAUUUUGCCCGAAACUUCAGCAAUCAAUAUUCUGCAUGUACACUCGACAAUUUCAAACGGACCCUACUUGAACCUCGAGCCUUGGGUGUUGGGUUUUAUUACGCCAUAGGAUUUGCUGAUAAGAUGCUUGGAUUCGAUGCGGGUUGGGUCGGUCCUCGAAAUAAUGGAUUCAGAAGUGAGAUGGAGAAGGCAAAUGCCAACCUAUCAUUGGUUGACGCUCAAAUCUGUCUCUAUCAUGCUUGGGAAUUCCUACUCCUAGAAUUAAGCACUUGCUUACCGAGUAAUGAUACUCUGAAGAAGCAUUCCUUGCAGGUCGCCCAGCAAUGUUUAGAAGCCAACGAGGAGACUCAGAGCCACGAUCAGGUCUUUGAACGGCUUGCUGAAUCGCGAGUGAACCUAGCACUCAUGCUAGUGCAGAGGGUUGUCGAUAGCGCCCCAUCCCCCGGCGAUAUUACCCAGCUCCUAACGGCAUUAUGGGGGACAGUUAGUAGUGUUCAGGAACCCUACGCACCUGAAAACAUCUCGCUAUAUCGGACUCUUCUUAAGCUUUUAUACGUAACGUUACGAGCCCAGGUCCGAUCGUUGGCGAGUACACAGUCCGACAAACAUGGAGGUGGCCUUGCUGCCGCUACAGUAGCUCAGACCAUUUUGAGCAUACUUGAUAUUACCGUCGCCAAAGGGUUCCGAACACUAGUUUCGUUAGUCCACGACUCUCAACCCUCUAUUUCGCCCAACGAUAUUGCGCUACUCAAUGCCAUACUACAAGCGUGCCUCUGUGUUCCCGGGAUGGAUCAAAACCAGACACAGAUUCUUAACAUCCUAGCUGCUCACGAUGCUGUGCAGGCUGCCGUAUCGUUAUACUCUUGGGCAGACAAGCUAGCCGACCAGGGCGACCCUGUGUAUGGCGAAUUAUCACUUCUUUUCCUACUAGAGUUAUCGACGUUGCCAUUGGUAGCAGAACAGUUAGCUUGCGAUGGUCUACUGAACCAUAUCACGUCGGCCAACCUAGCUACAUACCUUCGGCGAUCAAACGUCAAGCCUUUCGCAGACUCGGUUGGGUUACAACGUUGUUACAGCAUAUGGGCUAAGGGCAUCGUUCCGCUACUCCUCAACAUAUUGACGGCACUGGGUACUACGAUAGCUCCGGAGGUCGCAUACGUGUUGAACCAAUUCCCAAAUUUGAUGCAGUCAAGCGUUGACCGUUUCGAGCCUCCUAAUGAUAGCCGAAGACGAGAUCGCAAUGACCGGGAUUACAUCACACUUUUAUCGGUAUCUGAGAUACACUCGUUGGCUCUUAUGACGCGUGUAUUGGGUUGCCUGCGGGCUAAUAAUGAAAGGGAUGUGCCUGCAGUCGAAUGGGAUUCUGCGGGAUUAAUGGAAAGCGUGGAAUUCUGGAUAGACCGCCGCAAGCUCCUAAGGGAAAGAGUGGUGACGCUGGGUCCGCGGGAAGCGGAGUGGAGGAGCAUGCCACCCUCGGAACGAGAUAGAUCAAGGGGUUUCGAAAGUAAGCUCGAGGAAAAGAUCAUCGAGCAGUUAGAGCUUGUACGAAUUGUGCUUGGCGAAGGAUUGGAAUGAGCACCGUAACAUUAGGAUAUAGGCAGGCGAUGAGAAUUGUCAGUACCAUAGCGUACGACGGCGUUUGAUCGAUUUCGAUAAUCCCGACCUUAUGAAUAAGGCUAAGCGCAAGAUGCUCCUAAUAUUGUAACAAUUUCAGAUCUUUUUGGUGCCUAGUACGCCGUCUACGGUCUCUUCAAGUAUCGAGUGUCUAUCUUCAACUAUCACUAGCAAGGGGAUCACGAUG